CGGCUGGGGGCGCUCUGCUUCCAGUCUCCCCCGUUACUGCAGGACACUCUCCAGAGUCACUUCCGGGUUCACGAUCCGCAGUCGUCUAAAUGGAUCCAAAAGAACUCAAUUCAUGCGUAUAUUAAAAAAGUAGCUGCCUAAAAAAGUGGUAAAUUGUAAUAGUCCUUUGUGGUACGUUUUAUUGGUAGUUGUUGAUACGUUUAGCUUUUUGGUGUUCGGCGAACAUGUCUGCGGAGGAGGCGGACAAAACGACCACCACCGAUGCUAGCGCCGGGGACGAAGAGGAGGAAUGGCUGUAUGGAGAUGAGUCCGAGACCAAAGAGGAGGAUGAAGAAGCAGCAAAAAUAAACACAGAUGUCAGUGCGUCUGAAGAUGCUCCUGCAGAAGAAGCUGCUCCUGAACAUGCGACAGGAAAUGGAGUUGCCUCAGAGACCCCGGGUGAAGCUGCUGGUGAGGAUGUAGUCAGUGACAGCGACAGUGAUGACGAUGACGACGAUGUCCGUGUUACCAUCGGUGACAUUAAGACUGGAGCACCCCAAUACACGACUUACGGCGCUCCACCUGUUAAUCUCAACAUCAAGUCCGGCUCCAGACCUUAUGGUCAGGUGUCUGCCAAGCUGAAAGGGGUGGAUUUGGAUGCGCCAGGAAACAUCAAUGGCGUCCCAGUACUGGAGGUGGACAUGGAGUCCUUUGAAGAAAAGCCCUGGAGGAAGCCAGGAGCGGAUCUGUCUGACUAUUUCAACUACGGCUUCAACGAGGACAGCUGGAAGGCAUACUGUGAGAAACAGAAGAGGCUGCGAAUGGGUUUGGACGUCUCAACGGUCGGAUCCGUGACGAGCAAGAUCACCGUUCAGCAGGGCCGGACCGGCAACGAGAAGGACAUCUCCAGCUUACCCGUUCACACGUCCAAGACAGACUUCCCAUCUCCAAUCAGCCUGUACAAGUCUGCCAUCAGUCAGGUCACCAGGAAAUCGUGCGGCACCAUAGAUGUGAUCGGUGGGGGGACUGCCACCAUCAGCAGGGUUGAAGGACGGCGCAGACACAAUCUAGAAGGAAACAAUAUCCAGGUGAUCUCUGAACACUCGACAUCAGACGCUGAGCCUGCUCCUGCCAAGAUUCCCACCUUCUUCCCUCCUGGACCAAUUCCUCCAAACAUACCUCCACCUCCUUUUCUGCCUCCUCCCCCAAACGUCAGCACUGCACCUCCACUCAUACCCCCACCCAGAUUGCCCAUUACUGUCCCUCCUCCUGGGUUUCCUCCUCCGACCGGUGGCCCUCCUCCUUCUAUCAUCCCCACUAUGGACGGAGGCCAUCCUGGAGGUUAUGACGGCCGCUCUGUUCCUCCAUAUCCAUUCCCUCAGGGUGCUUAUCCUCCACCUAUGGGUGGCGGUGUACCUCAGCCGUGGCCUGUGAUGAUGGACAACACCAAGUCCUGGGACUAUUAUCCCCGUCGGGAGGACAAGCGGGAGAAGGAAAGAGACCGACCCCGAGAGAGGGCACACGAGCGGGAGCGAGAGCGGGAGCACAGCCCUUCAGCUGUGGGCUACACCAGCGACGAGGAGCGCUAUCGCUACCGCGAAUACCAGGAGCGCGUUUACGCAGAGCGCCACCGUGACCGGGCGAGCCGAGAGAAGGAGGACAGACACCGAGAGAGGCGGCACAGAGAGAAGGACGAGGGCCGCCACAAAUCUUCCCGCAGCAGCAGCAGCCGUAGGAGGCAUGACAGCGAAGAGGGCGACAGCCACCGGAGGCACAAGCACAAAAAGAGCAAGAGGAGCAAGGAGGGGAAGGAGGCCAGCGAGGAAAUCGGCGCCGACCAGGAGAACCAGGAGGCCAUGGAGUAGAGAUGAACGCCCCCUCCAUCUUUAAAUGUCCAUUUUGUCCUCACACUUCAGAGGAGGAGAACAUGAACGAAGUUCCAUCUCUUUUCCUGUUCACCCCCAUUCUCCUCCACCCUGCUGUCCUCCACCCUCACUGCAGAGUGGACGAGGAGAGACGAAGGAGCGAGGAGCUCCUCGUCGACUUGAUCCAGCAAUGUAACCCUUUGCUUAGAAGCCAGAAUAACGUCAUCUCGAUUUCCAGCGUUCGCUCAGAACCAUCAUUUUCUGUUGGUUUGUAGUUCUUGUCUCUGAUGAAGACCUUUAGAAGAGAAACCUGUUGAGUUUGAUUAAAACACACUUUUGAUAAAAG